CUGUCAAUUCACACCAGGAGCAGAAAGCCUUCAUGGAUGCUCCAUUUCCCAAAUGUCUGUGUGAGCUUGUGACCAGCCACGUUCUGUGAGCUCAGGUGAGGUCUCACCAUGACAUCUGGGGAUGAAGUCCGCAGCUUCACGGAUGUGAUGCUACACCCCCCUCCCCCAACGCUGUCAAACGACAACGUCCAAAAGACGCCCAGCCAGAAGCGCAAGCAGCUGAAAUGGCAGAACGCCGUUCGCCACAUCAUGGACCAGCGAGAGCAGGGCCAGACGAGCCCGGACAUGCUGACCAAGCACAAAAUCAUCGUCACCGACGCAUACAUCGAAGACAUCAACCGGCAGAUCCGCAACAAGCUGGCGCGCGGCGGCGGCGUCUACAAGCGGCGCUCCUCGGCCGCCCGCGUCCACCCCGCCCGCAACUCCACGAGCACGCAACAGAGCAUGGACGGCGCGGGCAGCGACGCCGACUUCUUCGUCAGCUGGGGCUCCACAGUGCGCGGCGUCUUCCUGCCCAUGCUCCACCACACGUUCAAGUCCCUGGACCUGGAGACGCUCUACCAGCAGUACUCCUCGGACCAGCGCCGCACCUCGCUGGUGGUCACCAACCUCAUCGACAUCGUCACCAAGCUCCACAUCAUCGUCAUCUACCUGGCCGUGGCGCCGGAGAUGAUGGACUCGCUCCGCGGCUGGCUGGCAGGCCUCUUCAUGGCCAUGGGCACCGUGCUCUGCAUCCUGGUGCUCAUCUGCAAGGGCAGCAUGUCGCCGGCGUACCUGCGCUACGCAGGGCUGGCCAGCUGGCUGUCCCAAACGGUGCAGGUGCUGGGGGGGCUGGUGUACGGCCUGGAGAAGGACCAGUCGUGGUAUGUGCUCUUCAUCCUGUUUGCCACCUACACACUGCUCCCACUGCCUCUGCUCUGGUCCAUAUGCGCCGGAUGCCUCACCGCGACCCUCCACCUCCUGGUAGAGACCAUACAGAACUAUAACGACGUCGCCAUCGUAAGGAAGGUGAUGUCAAAGGGACUGCUGUACAUGGGCAUGAACACAGCAGGCCUGUUCAUCCACUACCUCUCAGACCGUGCCCAACGCCAAGCCUUCCUGGAGACCCGUCGCUGCAUCGAGGGCCGGGUCAAGCUGGAGAGGGAGAACCACAGACAGGAGCGUCUGGUUAUGUCUAUCCUGCCUCGUUUCGUUGCCUUGGAGAUGAUUGCUGACAUUAGCACCAUGGACGAUGACCUCCUAUCUCAUCAGUUCCAUAAGAUCUACAUCCACCACUACACGGACGUCAGUAUCCUGUUUGCUGACAUACAGGGGUUCACUACAAUGUCAAUGACCAUGUCUGCCCAGGACUUGGUGCGGACGCUCAAUGAGCUGUUUGGCCGUUUCGAUCAUCUUGCAGAGGAGCACCACUGCAUGAGGAUCAAGAUCCUGGGGGACUGCUACUACUGUGUGUCGGGGGUCCCUGAGCCCCAGCGGGCCCAUGCUCGCUGCUGUGUGGAGAUGGGCCUUGCCAUGAUCAGCACCAUCAGGUAUGUGCGUAGAGAACUGAAGCACAAUGUCGACAUGCGCAUCGGCAUCCACUCUGGCUCCGUUCUCUGUGGAGUCCUGGGCCUCCAGAAGUGGCAGUUUGACGUGUGGUCCUGGGACGUGGAUGUGGCCAACAUGCUUGAGGCCGGAGGCAUACCUGGGAGGAUCCACAUCUCACAGGCCACCCUCGACUGUCUUGGUGGAGUCUAUGAGACAGAAGAAGGCCGUGGCUAUGAACGCAAUGAGUUUUUGCGUAAGCACAAGAUUGACACCUUCCUCAUCUGCCAAACCCCAAAGGAAAACGUGGCGCCGCCCAAAGUCCGCCGCCCCAGCCGAGAGGAGACUUCUUGGAGCGCUGAGCUGCCCUUUGACAACAUCAUCGGCAUGAACUGCAUCUUGGCAACGUUCACCAAUGGCUCGUUGGUGCAGCUGCCCAGUCAGAUCACAGCGGGGAACUCUGGCUCACGGGAGAUAAACAAGCGCAUCAUGCAAGCCAUCGAGGUGCGCAGCAGCGAGCUGAUGAGGAAGGAGCACAUCACACCCUUCACCCUGGUCUUCAAAGAUGGACACAUCGAGGACAAGUUUUCCCAAAUGAGGGAUGAGAUGUUCAAGUCCAACCUGGUCUGUUCCUUCAUGCUGGUGCUCUUCAUCAUGGCCGUGCAGGUCCUCAUCCCAGCCCCUCACAUCUGUCCCAUGAUAGUGCAGUUCUCUCUGUUCCUGCUGGCGUACGCACUGCUUCUGGUGGUGACGCUGGCUGAGGAGUUCAAGUUCUCCCCUGCUGCCCUGCAGUACUUGUGCUGCUGGAUCCAGGAGACCAAGAGCGUCCGCAAUGUCCUCACCCUCACCGCCAUCGCCAUCAACUUUGGGGUGGCAUCCUCAGACAUUCUUUGGUGCAACAGCGCGGAGUCAGAGGGUGAGGAGACCAACACAAACUCCCAGGAGACGCUGGCCGAUGGGCCGGUAAACAUCUGCACUCAUCCCGAGUACUUUGUGCUGAGUGGGGUGCUCGCCAUGGUGACAUGUGCCGUGUUCUUGCGGCUCAGCUGCCUGUUAAAGUUAGUGGUGCUUCUGAUGGUGAUUGCUGUCUACACAUACUUCAUUGAGGUAGCACUGCAUGUCCUCUUCAUCCGCCAACAUCACAAUGGCCCACUCCAAAGGUCUCACUACCUCAGAAGACAGGGGAUUUCAGUGUUGCUGAUGACCAUGUUUGUCAUUGCUGUGCUCUAUAAUAGUCGAAAGCUGGAGACGACAGCGCGGCUGGACUUCCUGUGGCGACUGCAGGCUCGUCAGGAGGUGCAGGACAUGAAGGAGCAGCGCGAGCACAACGAGUGUCUGCUGUACAACAUCCUGCCCACACACGUGGCACAGCACUUCCUGGCUAGGGAGCGCCACAAUGAGGACCUGUACUCCCAGUCCUAUGAGAAGGUGGGGGUGCUGUUUGCCUCCAUCCCAGGGUUCACCGACUACUACGAACAGAAGGAGCUCAACAACCAAGAUGUAGAGUGCCUGAGGCUCCUUAACGAAAUUAUAGCUGACUUUGAUGAGUUGCUUGAUGAGUCCUACUUUCAAGACAUUGAAAAAAUCAAGACUAUUGGCAGCUGUUACAUGGCUGCUUCUGGGUUGUCCCCCGAUAGGGCGGCCAGCACAGAUGAAUGGGCACACCUAAGUGAACUAGUGCUUUUUGCUAUAGCCAUGCAAGAGACGCUGAAAGAGAUCAACAAAAUCACCACCAACAACUUCCAGCUUCGAAUUGGGUUAGCACAUGGCCCAGUUGUGGCAGGGGUUAUUGGUGCCACCAAGCCCCAGUAUGAUAUCUGGGGGAUGACGGUGAACCUGGCCAGCCGUAUGGACAGCACUGGGGUCAGUGGCCGUAUCCAGGUUCCAGAGAGCACCAGCAAGCUCCUGGUGGACCGCGGCUUCAAGCGCGACUUCCGCGGCGACAUCUUCGUGAAGGGCGUGAGUGAGCGGCACGGCGCUGUGCGCACCUACUUCAUCAGUAGCCGAGAGCAAAGAUCCAGCUAUGCUGAGCGCCUGACUAACCGCUCAGGCCUGUACGGGCGCAACACACUGGCCGGAGUGGUGUUCACACUGGUGCAGGCACGCAAGAAGGAGACGCUGAGAGAGGCCAACGGAGGCUUCCAUCUGCUGGACGUCUCCUAGUGUUUGAUCUCUGGGGUCAAGGCAAGCAGGGCCCCUCAUACAAGAGCCACAAUUGACAGUUGACCAAAAUACCUCCACAGUGGAUCUGCUGAGCGAGAUUUGGCCCCCCUGAAGAUCUGUGAAUGAAAAUGGAGCCGUCUUGUCCUCAGUGAUCAGCUGACCACAUAUCCUCAACUUUGACCUCACUGGAAACACAGAGUUCCAUAAAAAAAGUCAUCAAGACUGAUCAUGUAAAUUGUGAAGGGAAGUGUUACUCAGUACUCUGCUAUGAUACUCAGGUAGCCUACCUUAUUAUGUACACACAAGUGCACAGAUGAGGAAUUCCAAUUUCCAAAAACUCCAUUUAUAAUCAUAGGUUAGGUAUAUGACUUUUUACUGUGACCAGCAUACUGGCAUGCCAUAUACUCUGGGGCCCUUCCUGGGUUAGACUAUUUCUGCACUAUUUUUUUAUCAUGUUUUUUGUAUGAAUUCUUUCAACUGUGUACAUUUUCCUCACAUUUUGUCAAAAAUAAUUCUCAUUAAAAUGCU